AUGGAUUCUGCGCGAGAGAGCUCUGAAGGCGAGGAAGGAGAGGAGGAGGAAGAUGAUGAUCGAGCGAAACGAAAGGCCGAGGCGGCGAGUGUUGAUUCAGAUGAUGAGCCGUUGGCGAAGCGGACAAAGUUUGUGGAUGCGAUGGAGGAUACGAAUGAGCAGCAUGAGGAGGGGCAGAAGCAGGAGGGCGAGGUGAAGGUCGAGGGGGGUGAGGUGAAGGAGGAGGAAGGGGAAGGUAACAAUGACGACGAGGAAGAAAAGGAGGGUGAGGAGGAUAAAGAGAAGAAGGAUGAUGAUGAUGAUGGUGAUGGAGAUGAGGAAGAGGAGGUCGCUGCACGGUUCACGUCAAACUCGUUUGUGUAUGACGGCGUGCUGUACGAGAACAAAGUGCGGACAGCAGUUAUCGAAGAGCGCGACGGUCUGAUUGAAUUCCGAGUGGUGAACAACGACAACAGCCGCGAGAACCUGAUGAUCCUAACCGGCCUGAAGAACAUUUUCCAAAAGCAGCUGCCAAAGAUGCCGCGGGAGUACAUCGCGCGCCUGGUGUACGACCGCAGUCAUCUGUCGAUUGCGAUCGUCAAGAAGCCGCUGACGGUCGUGGGCGGGAUCACGUACCGGCCGUUUGCAUCGCGCAAGUUUGCAGAGAUUGUGUUCUGCGCGAUUGCGAGCUCGGAGCAGGUGAAGGGGUACGGCGCGCAUUUGAUGAAUCAUCUGAAGGAUUAUGUGAAGGCGACGUCGCCGAUCAUGUAUUUUCUGACGUAUGCGGAUAAUUAUGCGAUUGGGUAUUUCAAAAAGCAGGGGUUUACAAAGGAGAUUUCACUUGAGCGGUCGAUUUGGAUGGGGUAUAUCAAAGACUACGAAGGCGGCACGCUGAUGCAGUGCACGAUGCUGCCGCGGAUUAGAUAUCUGGACUCGUCCACGAUCCUACUGCGGCAGAAGGCGGCGAUCAUGUCAAAGAUCAAGCAGAUCUCAAAGUCGCAUGUGAUCCGGCCGGGCCUAGCUAUAUUCAAGGAGGGCAACAAGCCCGCGCAGCUGCUGGAUCCGAUGGAGAUCCCGGGGCUGAAGGAGGCCGGGUGGACGCCGGAGAUGGACGAGCUUGCGCGGCAGCCGAAGCGGGGUCCGCAUUUUGCGGUGAUGCAGCACUUGCUGAACGAGAUGAUGAACCAUCCGUCGGCGUGGCCGUUUGCGCAGCCGGUGAAUAAGGACGAGGUUGCGGAUUACUACACGAUUAUCCAAGAGCCGAUGGAUCUGUCGACGAUGGAGCAGCGGCUGGAGUCGGACGCGUACCAGACGAUGGAGGAUUUUCUGUACGAUGCGCGGUUGAUAUAUAACAACUGCCGGUCGUAUAACAACGAGACGACGACGUAUUAUAAGAACGCGACGAAGCUGGAGAAGUUCAUGAACCAGCGGCUGCGGGAGAUUCCCGAGUACGCGCAUCUGGUGGAUUGA